AUGGCAGGCAGUUGGAGAAUCCAGCGUGGGACCUUCAAGUCAAAGGCUUGCCACGUGAUGGCAUUUUGUGUGGGCGGAGUUUUGUUGAUGGCCAGUGGCAAUGCCCUUCCUGAUCCAUCCAGAGACGAAUUUCUUAGGCAAAACGUGGCCGGGGAAGAAGGUCCUCAGCUAAACUUGCUAUGCAGAGUGACAUCCAGCGGUAGAGCCGGGGGCGACGCCCCCCUCAAAGUGACUCUGUCCGACGACCAACUCACCACAACGUUGCUGUGCGGCGACGGGAGCCAGGCGGUACCUACCGACCUAGAAACAGUCUGCAAUCCGAAGGAAGUCCAGACAGUACAGGACUGUCAAUCAAAUGGAACUGUCCAGCUGAAAACGCUCCUUGGUUCUCCGCGUGAUAUUAAAUGGUCAAAGCAGGGACAGAGUGGGAAUGUCAGUCAAUCACAAACAUGGGAGCUAACGCUUAGGGAGGAGGACCUUCCCUUCACCGACAAAGAGUUCUUUGUCGGCUGUCAGAAGGGGGCCAAGGGCGCCGGGCAGACAACAUGCAAAGUGGAUGUAACAGUAAAGGCCAGGGACUCCGAAAAGGACGACAAUGUCGUCACGUGUGCAUAUGGCUCAGAAAGCAACUUCGAAACCGUCGACGUAGAAGUGACACGGGAGCACAACACCCUGACAGUUGCGUGCGGCAAAGAUGGUACUAUCACACCGAAGGCGUACGACGCCUACUACUGCGAGGACGCUACUUUGAAACCGUGUGCGAAGAGCUACAAGGAUAUUCUGCCUGCGUUUCAAGAGACGUGGUGGAAGCAGGAAGGCGGGGAGAACGCACCCUUGAAGCUGACGAUCCCGAAGGAAGGUUUUCCGGCGGAGGACAAGACGUUUUACGUUGGCUGCUCUCCGAAGUCGUCGACCGACCCGGUGAAAGUUUCUCGCGGUGGCGAAGGAGAAACUGAUGCGACCCCCGCAAUUAAGGGUCCCACGACGUGCAAGGUGAUGGUGACCGUGAAGGCGGGUUCUGCUUCGCUUGCAGCUUCGGCUACGAAAGUGAUUUCCGUUGUAUUUGGAAUUGCCCCCUUGACUUGGCUUAUUACUGGAACCUUUUGA